AGGAUGAUACAGAGCAGCAUAUAUAAGGAGUCAGGGAUGGAGAUCUGCAUUCACAGACUCAGAAUUGUCCAAGAUGGUGUCCCUGUGUCUUUUGCCUGUUAUGGAGAUGCUGACAGCGGUCUGGAGGAAUAUGACAUUCCUGCUGCAAUGCAUGAAGAUGCUUUCAUCCUGGUGCUGGCUGGAGAUUUUUGGGACCAGGAAGGUUUCUUCCCUAAAACUAAAGGCACCCCAAGAUCCUGGCCGAGUAAAGCCCAUCAGUGUGAACUAUCACUUCACCAGGCAGUGCAAUUAUAAAUGUGGCUUCUGCUUCCACACUGCAAAGACCUCUUUUGUGUUACCCAUAGAAGAAGCCAAGAAAGGACUGGUCAUGUUAAAAGAUGCAGGUACUGCUUAUUCAGGCAUGGAGAAAAUAAAUUUUUCAGGAGGUGAACCAUUUCUGCAAGAUAGAGGAAAUUUUGUGGGGAAACUGGUUGAGUACUGCAAAAAGGAGCUGAAGUUGCCCAGUGUCAGCAUUGUGAGCAAUGGCAGCCUGAUCACCGAGAAAUGGUUUAAAAGUUAUGGAGAACAUCUGGAUAUCCUUGCCGUGUCCUGCGACAGCUUCAACGAAGACGUCAACAAGCUCAUUGGUCGAGGACAAGGGAAGAAAAACCACGUGGAAAAACUGAUGAAGAUCAGGCAGUGGUGCUGCGACUACAACGUGGCCUUCAAGAUAAAUUCUGUCAUCACCAGUUACAAUGUGGACGAGGACAUGAGAAACGAAAUCACCAUGAUCAGUCCAAUUCGCUGGAAGGUGUUCCAGUGUCUCAUUAUUGGAGGUGAGAAUUCUGGAGACGAAGCAUUGAGACAGGCUGAGAAGUUUGUCAUCACUAAUGAAGAGUUUAAAGGUUUUCUGGAUCGUCAUAAGGAUAUUAAAUGCUUAGUUCCAGAAUCCAACCAACAGAUGCGGGAUUCAUACCUCAUUUUGGAUGAAUAUAUGCGCUUCCUUGACUGCAGAAACGGCCGCAAAGAUCCAUCAAAGUCAGUCUUGGACGUUGGGGUCGAAAAUGCCAUAAAGUUUAGCGGCUUUGACGAGAAGAUGUUUUUUAAAAGAGGAGGAAAAUACGUGUGGAGCAAGGCGGAUCUGAAGCUGGACUGGUGAACAGCCCUCAGUGUCUUCUCAUUAUGGCAGCUGUGACUUAAAGGAUCUGCGGUGGGCUCGACCGCGGCUGAGGGUCCCCUUUUGUGGUGAUAGUAUAAAUAUUUUGUUGUGACGCCAGUUGCAGUGAAGUAACAAGGGCACAGAGCCCCUUUUAUUGAUGUUGUGGUAUCCAGGUGUAGGAAUGCCAGAGUGGUGUAGGGUGGCCUACAAUGUCCCUUAAUGUCUUGUGCACGUGUCACGGUGCUCCUACCUGGAUACGCUGGAUCCCAGGAAGCUUUCUGUGGUCUGGUCUGUCCUUAGCUUUGUCCAGGGAACUUUACUCCUGGUCUCUGAGGCUUCAGGCUUUGGCCUCCUUACCCAUCAGAGCUGGAGGUGCUCAAGCUUGUGUAGAUAGGGCUCCUCCAGCAGGGACUAGCUCCUGCUUCCUUCCCCAAGCAGGAGGAAACUCCUUACUAUCUAAACUCCUCCCUAGAGGGAGAGAAGAGAAUGGAAAGAAGAUAAUCUCUCACCAAAGAGUUUAAGUUACCAUAUUUUCCAUCUCUUAUGGAGGUUUGUCUAUGAACAAGAACUCUAAACAAGGUCAACGUCCAUGAACUUCAAGAAUAAUGAAUAUUAUGAUCCUCAAAGUGAAGAUUUUAACAGACUAUAUCAAAAAUACAAUUUCAACGUUAAUGGAACAUAUUUAUUGUAAAAUACAUGAACUUAAU